AUGGGUGUGUGUUGCGUUGAGUGUCAAAAAACCUUUUCGUGUCAAAGUAAUUUUAAGAGACACAGAAAAGAAGUUCAUAAAGCGGAAGUGUCGCCUAUCGAAUUUGAUAAACAAAUUGCAAAUUUUCAAUGCCUCGAGGGUUGUAAUAUUUCUUUUAAGAAGAAUGACGACCUAAGGAAGCAUUUAUCACAGAAACACAAUAUUAUUCAAGAAACUGUUGAGAAGGCUUUUAUGUCAUAUGAAGAAUUUGAGAUUUGGUUAAGCUUAGAAGAGAACGCUUGUGAUAUAAGAUACAUUAAAGUUGGACAUAAACGCGGGUUGGAUAUACCAGGGAAUGGUAGUUAUGGUGAUAAAAGCAAAGAUAUUAUGUACUUCUCUUGUAGUAGAUCAGGUAAACAGAGAACUGUGCCUCACGAAAAUUUGAAAAAAAAUUCAAAAAUUCAGGGAACAUCAAAAAUUAAUAGUGCUUGCACAAGCCAAAUAGUUGUCCAAAAGCUUAAAAAUGGUGAAUGUUAUGUAAAAUACUACAAAUCUCACUAUGGCCAUGCGAAAGAUUUGCAUCAUUUGAGAAUAUCAAAAGUCAGUAAAGAAAACAUUGCCUCUAAAUUAGUGAAGGGAGUUUCCAAGAAUGAGAUUUUAGAUGGAAUUAGAGAGAACACAUGUAAUUGUAAUAGGGACAGUUUGCUCACCCUGCAAGAUAUUAGGAAUAUACAAACAUCCUAUAAAAUUAAUGUCGAACAGGGAUUCAGACAUAAAAAUGACAAUAUGAAUGUAUCCUUGAGGGUUGAGGAAUGGAAACAAUGGGAGGAGAAUCCAAUACUUCUUUAUAAGGAACACAAUUCAGUAGAAUUCACAGAAUAUAAUUUUCAAAAGGAAGAUUUUUGCCUCAUAUUUAUGAACAAAAUGCAAAAUCAAAUGUUGAAAAAAUUUGGCAAAAAUAUUAUUUGUAUUGACACCACUCAUGAUGUUGAUUUUGAGUUGACUACAAUUUUAAUAAUUGAUGAAUUUUACCAUAGUUUUCCUACGGCAUUUAUGUUUACAAACAGAAAAGACACCUAUAUUUAUGAAGUGUUUUUCAAUGAAGUUAAAAAAGCUGUAGGUGAAAUCAAAAUAAAAGUUCUUAUGACUGAUAUGACGGGAGUAUUUGUGAAUGCUUGGCAAAAAGUCAUGGGACCUAUCGGAAGGCAUUUAUUUUGUGCGUGGCAUGUUGACAGAGGGUGGCAACAAAAUCUUAGUAAAGUCCAACCCCUCGAGGAUCGAAAAUGGGUAUAUAAAACCUUGAAACAUUUACAGACCACAUUGAAUGAAGAACGGUUCGAAAGAGGAUUAUGUUCAUUUUUAAGUAUUCUUGAAUCCAAAUACCGCACAUUUUUUGAGUAUUUCUUUACUAAUUAUGCUGAUAAUAAAUUAAAGUGGGCAUAUUGUUAUAGGAAGAAAAGUGGAAUUACAAAUAUUCAUGUUGAAAAUAUGCACAAAGUAAUUAAAUAUAUUUAUCCAGAAAGGAAGUCUGUUCCAAGACUUGACAAGGCUUUGUAUAAUUUAGAACAUUUUUUGCGUAAUAAAACAAUUGAGAGACUAAUUAAAUUAACAGAGGGAGAAUGUACAGAACAUAUUAAUACAGUCAAUAAGAGACACCGACUUGCCCUGACUCAAAAAUAUCAGAUAAAUACUGACUCAGAUAAUGUUUAUUUAUUAAAAAACUCUUCUGGUAACGAUGAACUCGAACAGAAAGUCACAGUAACAAAAAUAAAUUCUAAUAUAUGUUGUGAAUUAAUAUGCAGGUUUUGUAAUAUUUGUACUCAUAUGUUUCAAUGUACAUGUAUGGACUAUAAUAUUAAAAACACAAUAUGUAAACAUAUUCAUUAUGUUUGUUUAAAUAAUCUUGGGAAUACUUGUACUCGAAAAGUUGAAAUUGAAUAUUUAGCUGAAAAUUUAGGAUCUAAUGUUCAAAAGCAUAUUGAAAUACUUCAGAAACAAAUAACUGCAGCUGCAUCUCAGAUAACUGAAAAUGUAAAAUCCAGACUACAUCAGACAGAUGUUUUGGAACAAAUUCUCCAGGGUCUCACUCCAAUUGUCGCAUUAAGUAAGAUUUCUGACAACAAAAUAUGACAAUAUUUCCAUCAAUUUAAAUAAAAUUCAGGUACUAGUCAUCAAAAAGAGUGAAAAACAGACUUUUUAAAUUUUUGUUAUUUAACCAAAUACUUGCUUAUAUAUAUACAAUUAAAAUGUAUUAUUAUUGGUAUUCAGGAUAAAAUCGGGAAAUAGUCGCUCAUAUUCGGACUUACAAAACCCUUAAAAUUUGCAAAAAUUUUGCCUUGCAGCCGUUUUUUAAUCUUACACAUUCCCAUACCUAGUAGAGGAUUUUUCAAAUAUGUAUUACCAUUCGUAUUAUUUUUUUUUAGUUUUAAAUAGAUACAUACUAACUAGGCAAAAAAUGGCAUAUUAUAACUAAAAAUGUACACGUUAUUAUUAGCUUAAUAAUAAAUAUGCGGGUAGGAAAAAGUUAUUUUUAUGAGAAACAUAAAAACUAUUUGUAUUGCAACAAAAAUAAAGAAUUUGGUUUCAAUGGCUUUCUUGCCUUCUUCCAAUUAUUGAAAAAUAUAAUGUUAUACUCAUCUACUUAAUUUUACCUAAUUUUAGAAUACUAGAUUUCCCUAUCUUUUGAAAACCGCGCUUACUCAGAAUGCCAUAAAAAAGAUCCGGCAACUGUGGAUCGCACUCAAACAAUUGCGGCGUAUUCUGGGGUAGGUACAUAGAUACAUGAUUUUUCAAUAGGAGGUAGUUUCGCUUAUCACCCAUUUCCGACAUCCGUCGAAGAUUUAUUUAUUUAUCGUUUCGCUUCUUCGUCGUGCUAGAAAAAAAUUAUAUAUAUAUAUAUAUAUAUAU